AUGAAUCUCCAUCGGGAGGGAAGGGACAGGUCGACUCUGGGGCCGGGGGGCGCGAUCCUUCCCUUCACCCCCUUCCUCCGGAACUCGCUUUCAUCGCAACCUUGUUCCUCUACCCUCAGAGCUCAAGUGAACACAUGACGGCCCCGGAAUGCACUUUGCACUGUCUGUAUCUGCGUGUUCGCUCCUCAGGUGUGCCCCUCUCAUCGCAGCACUGCGACGGCAGUGACGCUUUCUCUCUUGCUUGAUAUUACCAUGCUUCGCGUUGCCCACCUUGCCUGCUGCUGCCUGCUCUUGGUGAUGCUGCUGGGGCUUCACCAGAAUGGCAUUGCAGUCUCCUUCCAUCGGAAUCGCAACGAAGCAGAGUCAAGAAUUGAUGUUCCAAUCCAUGAAGGUGCGCACCCAGAUAUCAUUCACCGUCUUUGCUGUCAUGGUCUUUUUCGUUCCCCCUUUCAGCCAUUGCUGCCGCUCCAACCAGUGCCCCAGUGAAUGUCUCAUCUGAAAAGUCUGAGGCGGCUGGAACCACAGAAGAGGAGGAGGAGGCGCCGCCCAAGCCCCCACCGCCCGUCACGUUUCGGGAAGACUUCAAGCUCACGACGCCCAAGCUGAGGGACAGUGUGGCCGACAACAUCAUGCUCGAGACGGGGGCGGAGUUUGGCUACAUCUUCAUGAUUGACCCUGACUAUGUGAGUAGACAGGCAGAUUGCUACCUGCGCUGAUGAUUGUGCCUUGCUUGUGCAGCCAAAUGGGUGCCUUGGCGGUGCGUCGGGCAAUCAUGAUGUGCUGCAUUGGUGGCUGAGGGAUGUCUUCCCAGGAGAGGCAGAGGGUGCGCGAUGUAUGAAUGGCCAUACAAAACGAAUGAACCCAAUGGAUAACUUCUCUGGCUGUGCGUUGCAGCCUGUGCCGGCAACGCCGUGCAUCUCAGCAACAACACGUGGCAAGCAUGCGAGGAGGUCCCCUAUAGACCGCCAACACCCGCACACGGCAUGGUGAGACACGAAGCCCCUCCAUCCAAUGGCCAUGCCUCUCUCUGAUGGCCUUUCCCCUCAAUCAGCAUCGAUACGAGUUUUAUUUCGUGGACCAAACUGAGAGAGCGAAUCUGACGCUGGCGCUUGUAGGAGACAUGGACGAUCUGCACGAUGUCAGCAAGACUCCCGCCCGCAGCGCCAUCAAGGCUAUCAGGAAUGCGGCGGGGAAGAAGCCGGCCUUCACUUGUGGCUAUGACAGGGAGAAAGGGGCCGAGAAAUGUCAGGAGAAAGACACGCUGCCCAAGGGCUGCUUUGGUAUCUGA